AUGUCCCGCAAGGAGGAUAUCCCGUCGGCGGCACUGCCACCUGCAUCGCCCACGCUCCCCCAUUCCCAUGAACACAUCACCUUGAUUGGCCUGGGAGCGAUAGGCAUCUCCUUUCUCGCCCUCCACCUGGCCUACAGCGCUGCGACCAUCUCGGUAUACGAUCCACGGCCGGACUUGAGAGAACACAUCGAGGCAGUAUUGCCCCUGUAUCUGUCCCCCUCGGUCGACGACAUCCCCAGCUUGAUCACCUCUCGACGGCUGAUACUAUGUGACAGCUUAGAAUCGGCGUGUCGGACAGCGACGAUUGUGCAGGAGCAGGGUCCAGAGAGUGUAGGGUUCAAGCAGAGGACGUGGGCGGAGGUCAUUAGCUAUGUGUCGCCCGCCUGUCACUUGUGGUCGUCGACAUCGGGGAUCCCGGCCAGCAAGCAGCUUGAACAUCUACCAUUACAGCACGAUGCCACCGCCGUUUCGGCGCGCCAGAGACUAUUGGUAGUACACCCAUUCAAUCCGCCACAUAUCAUGCCGCUCUUAGAACUGGUGCCGUCGCCGCAGACGACCCAGACGGAACUCGAUUUUGCAAAAUCCUACUUUGUAGCUCUUCAGUCGGGCCAUAGACCAAUCACGAUACACAAAGAGAGCACAGGGUUCGUGGCCAACAGGCUGAGCUUCAUUCUCUUCCGCGAGGCGUGUCAUCUGGUCAAUGAGGGUGUAGCGUCCGCCGAAGAGAUUGACGAAGUGGUCCGCGCGAGUCUGGGUCCGCGAUGGGCGGUGGCAGGCCCCUUCAAGAUGUAUGGCUUCGGCGGAGGCAAUAAGGGCAUGAAGGGGUUCUUGGACAAUAUUGGCGAGUCGAUCGGUGACGUGUGGAGGGACGCAGGCACGAUUACUAUGGACGAUGAUACGUGGAAGGAGAAGGUCAUCAAGCAGACUACGCAGGCGUAUGGACUCCCGGGCGGAGAGGAUAUCAAGGCUAGAGACCGUGGAUUGAAGGCUGUGAUCAGGGUGCAGGAGGAGCAGGAGGAGCAAGAGAUGGAUGAGGCGAGAAAGGUGAAGGACUAUUGA